AUGUUUUCCAACGCGUUUCGAUCGACAGUGCAGUUGCGUGCAGGUGUCUGUUCCUUCUCCACCACGAGACUACUCCUAGCGGGAAGACCCAAGAUCUACACUAAGACUGGUGACAAGGGAACAUCGGCUCUGUUCACAGGCGAACGUAGACCAAAAGACGAUGUCGUCUUUGAUGCACUUGGUACUAAUGACGAACUGUCGUCCUCAAUUGGCCUGGCUCGCGAGUUCUGUCUGGACCAAGGGGACAGCGUCCAAGGAAUCGUAGGCCAAUUGGAACAGAUUCAGUGCCUUUUACAGGAUGUGGGAUCAAACAUUGCUACGCCUCGCGACUCUGCAACUGCACCUCGGUUGGCCCGUACAGAAUUCGAUGCUGACGGUCAACAUGUUGAGGACCUCGAAACCUGGAUUGAUUCUAUGGACCAGGAAUUACCUCCGCUGACUAGUUUCAUCCUGCCCUCGGGAGGAAAGGCGGCGGCUGCGUUGCAUGUGGCAAGGUCUGUGAGUCGUCGCACAGAGAGGAUGGUCGUGCCUCUGGCUCAGGAGCAACGAGUCGACAGGAGUGUUGCAAUCUACCUGAACCGACUCAGUGAUUAUCUGUUCACAUGUGGUCGAUAUGCUGCCAUGAAGGCUGGUCGUCAGGAAGUCGUGUACAAGAAGCCUAGAGCGCCACGUGUCAAGAAGACCUCUCCUGUUCCUGAAGAAUAA